AUGCGGCAACUUCGUAACAGUGUGGCCGGUGACACCUUACUUCACACACGGAAUAUCAACUGGUUGUUAUUUCAUGUUCAACAGAGAUUCGCCUUUACCUCAUCUGUGUGUGGAAAAGAAGGUCAGUCAUCAGAAUCGCCAGCAAGGAACAAAUACGGGUCGACUGUCCUGCUGCCGUUCACCACUCUGCCUCUUCGUGUAGAGGGAGUCAAAAGAGUACACAAUGAAAAGCACAUACAAGAGGCUGCAAAUUUUAGCUCCCUGUAUGAGUGGCAGAGAAGACAGAAGAGAGCACAGGAGUUUGUUUUGCAUGAUGGUCCUCCUUAUGCCAAUGGACGACCUCAUAUUGGUCAUGCUGUUAACAAGAUUCUCAAGGAUAUAACAGUACGCCAUAAGCUUCUGAGAGGUUAUAAGGUGAAUUAUAUUCCUGGCUGGGACUGCCAUGGUCUUCCCAUUGAAUUGAAGGCUCUUCAGCAAAGAAGAAAGGGGAAAAGGAGCAAAGAAAAACUGGAUAAAAACGAUCCUAUUCAAAUUAGAGCAACUGCUAAAAAGUUUGCAGAAGAAGCUAUAAACAUUCAGCGUUCAGCAUUUGAGCGCUGGGGAGUUUUGGCAAAUUGGAACAAUGUUUACUGCACCUUCAAUCCUGAGUAUAUCAGUAGACAGCUGCAGCUCUUCGCUCAGCUGUAUGAAAAUGGCUAUAUCUACCAGGACUACAAACCUGUCUACUUUUCACCAUCUUCUGGAACUUCUUUAGCUGAGGCAGAGCUGGAGUAUAAUGCUCAACACUGCAGCCCCUCAGUAUAUGUUGCCUUACCAGCUAGUAAUGUACCACAUUCUAUACAGGAUAAGCUAAUAGAAUAUGGGAAGCCAAAAGUUCAUGUGGUUGUGUGGACAACAACCCCCUGGACACUGCCUGCCAAUGAAGCCAUCUGCUAUUCUCCUGAAAAAUUAUAUACUUUGGUGCUAGUUAAAAGGAAGGAGCAAUUAGUUGCUUGUAUUUGGGCAGAAGAACUUCUACAUGAGCUUAGAAAAACAGUUAGUGAAGAUAUUACUCCACUGUGUAGCUUUAAAGGUUCAUUAUUGUCUGAUAUGAAGUACCGUCAUCCUCUGAAUGACCGGCUGUGUCCAUGUGUCCCAGGAAGCCAUGUUACAAUGAAUAAAGGAACAGGGCUUGUUCAUACUGCCCCAGCACAUGGCCAUGAUGAUUUUCUUGUUGCUUUAGAACAAAAACUUACAGUGGAGUGUAAUAUAGAUGACAAAGGGCGCUAUCAGGCCAAAUUAGGUCCAGAGUUGGAGGGGAAAAGAGUUUUGGAUGAAGGCAAUGAGGCUGUCAUCCAGUUGUUAUCGGAGCCAAGUGGUUGUGGAGGUCCAUCAAUCUUGUUGUCAAAGGAAGACUUCAUUCACUCAUAUCCUUAUGAUUGGAGAACUAAGAAACCAGUAAUUAUUCGAGCAUCAAAGCAAUGGUUCAUGAACACUGAGCAGUUGAAGAAAAAAGCUUUGGCAGCUCUGAAACAAGUGGCAAUCCUACCUAGUAAUAUUCAAACAGGGAUGACUGGGCAGUUAGAAAGGCGACCAUAUUGGUGUAUAUCUCGUCAGCGUGUGUGGGGUGUCCCUAUCCCUGUAUUUUAUGAUGCUGUAACGGGUCUUCCAGUGGUAGAAAGAGGCAUAAUUGAACAUGUAGCUGAGGUGUUACUUAGAGAAGGAUGUGAUAGUUGGUGGGAACUUCCAGAGGAAAAGCUACUGCCAUCUGAAUAUGUAAGGGAGAUGAAGCAGCAAGGCAGACAACUACCUACUAAGGGUAUGGAUAUCCUGGAUAUCUGGUUUGACUCGGGAUCAUCAUGGCACAGUGUCCUGGGUGGCCCCUCAGCUGACUUAUACCUUGAAGGUGUGGAUCAGUUCAAUGGAUGGUUUCAAUCAUCCCUCCUCACUUCUGUAGCAGCCACGGGAAAAGCUCCUUACAAAAAACUCUAUGUCCAUGGCUUCACACUUGAUGAAGCUGGGAAUAAGAUGAGCAAAUCUUUAGGGAAUGUUGUGGACCCAGAAAUUGUUACAGAUGGAGGGAAGAAUCUUCAAAAAGACCCAGUCUAUGGAUCUGAUGUUUUAAGAUGGUGGGUUGCAAGCCACUCAACAAACCAUGCCAACAUGACUAUUGGAAAACGAAUCCUAGAUCAAAGCAAGGAGAGUGUGCAGAAAGUGCGAGCAGUGCUGAGGUUUCUCCUAGCUUCACUGGGGGACUAUAAUCCUUGUGAACACAGUCUGCCUGUUGCUGACCUCAGGCCUGUGGAUCAGUAUAUGCUACAUCUAAUACAUGAACAUACUGAAAAAAUAUGGGAGUAUUAUGAGAAGUUCCUCUAUCAUCGAGUUACUGCAGCCUCUAUUGCCUUCAUUAACUCAAACAUCUCUGGGCUCUACAUCUCAAUAAUAAAAGACAGACUUUACUGUGAGUCACGGACAGGAAAUAAACGUAUGUCUGCGUUGUUGGUGCUUCAUCACUUACUUCAUCAUCUGUUGCUGUCCCUUGCUCCUGUUCUGCCACACUUGACUGAGGAAGUUGCUUUACACCACCAUAGUAAUAAAGACUGGUGUGUAUUCCAACAGACGACAAGUGGUGCUCCCUCUUUGUGGAAUCAGCCAGAGCUGGCCAGGAACAUUGAACAGUGCUUAACAGUUCGUGAUGAGCUUUAUCGAAGCAUUUCAGCCAUAGAUCCCCUGAAGCUGCAUGUCAAACUGACUGCUGGUGGCAACAUGCUUCAGUCUCUCAGACUGAUGCAAACAAGUACAGACACAACAGACUCAGGAUUAACUGAACUACUUCGGGUUUCAAGAGUAAUUUUACUACCCAGUGAAGGUGACACAGAAGAAUUCUCUUUAGAAGUAUUAGACUCCAUUGGAAACAAGUGCUUAAGAUGCUGGAAAUUUACAGCUGAACAUAGAGAGGAUUUAUGUGCUCGUUGUAAGGAAGUCAUCACUUCAACUUGUUGAGUUGUGUCCAUGAUUCAGUGGUCUGGUCUGAACUGAUGCUUCACUAAUUUGAGAAAAAUAAGGUGUGUUUCUCAAUAUAGAAUAAAGGAUCCAUUAAAUGGCAUUAAAACUUGAUAUUGGGGAUUUUUGUCUUCUGAAUCCAUAAUGAGUGUCACUGGUGUAUGGACGGUAAGUUUGGAAUGUGACCUUUUUCUCCCUUGAGAUCACAUGAUCAUGUCAUACCUAUUCAUGGGAGCUGGGAACCUACCUUAUGACUACCCAUCACCAGGCCAUAUCACGGGCAGCUCUCCUGAUAAAGGCAUAGUCUAUAUUUUCAUAAUUCUUCUUAUUAGUGUAUGAAAAUUGCAUAGUUGGUACCCGUAUCUUGAUGCAUAUAUUUAUAAAUAUUUUACA